UCUGCGUCUCUACACGACGCCUUCGUGCGUGUAUUCGUGUGUCGCCAGUUCCUCUGGCGGUGCUCUGCCUCUGCGCGCAUUUGCUGACACAGUGCCGUCGAUACCACUACACAGUACAAGUAUAAGCCGCGUAAACGACGAUAGAUACGAGAAAUCGCGAACUGUUUUUAUAAUUAAUACCACGAACUUACGCCACUUGCGGGCUCUGUGUCUGUGGCGUUCGCUCGAUCGCUCGAGGCAUCACCGACCCUCGUAAAAUCGUUCGCGACACCGUCGGCUUCCCGCGCGAUAAGCAACCGCUGCCGGUCGUACCGAGGUGCCCCCCCGAUAGCUGCGUCCCCGCUGUGUGCCGCACGCGAGACCGCCUGAAAUCAGAUAUCUGCCUUAAUAAUUUUAAGAUUUUACAUUUGAACAUUUAGUUUGCUGUUUCCAGCGAAAAAAUAUUCUAGAAGCUAAAAAGUAAGAAGAUGGUCAUGGAGGCAUCUCCCUCUCCACAAAGUGUCGGUCGUGAGUUCGUCCGACAGUAUUAUACAUUGCUGAAUCAGGCGCCUGCCCAUCUCCACAGGUUCUACAAUCAGCAUUCUUCCUUCGUGCACGGCGGAUUGGAUUCUAAUCGAGAGUGUACCCCGGCGAUCGGUCAAAAACAAAUACAUCAAAAGAUUCAACAACUGAACUUUCGCGAUUGCCAUGCCAAAAUAAGCCAAGUUGAUUCUCAGCUUACUCUUGAAAAUGGAGUUGUUGUCCAGGUAUCUGGAGAACUGUCUAAUGCCGGGCAACCAAUGCGUCGAUUUACUCAGACUUUCGUAUUGGCUGUGCAAGCACCCAAAACUUACUACGUGCACAAUGAUAUCUUCCGUUAUCAAGACUUGAUAUUCCCCGAUGAAGAUGAGGCUGACGUGAGUGCUGGGGAUAGUGGUGAGAGCGGCGAAAGAGAAGUGGAGGAAAUUGGUCGAUCUGAACCUGAAGAAGAUGAACAUCAAACUCAGGCGCAGCAACUGUCGGCUCCUGCUCAAGCUGCUGAGCAGCAAGCUCAACCGCCUCUCAUUCCGACUCAGCAACCUCCGUUGCAACAACAGCAGCCGAUGUAUUACGCUGCGCCACCCCAACCACACGUUCAUCCGGUGAUACAGCAAGUGUUGAACGGAACGGUGCACGAGGAGGUGAUCAAUCAACAAGCGCCACAGCAGCAGCAGCAGCAGCAGCAGCAGCAGCAGCAGCAGCAGCAGCAGCAGCAGCAGCAGCAACAACAACAACAACAACAACCGCCGCCACCGCCUCCUGCACAGCAACAUCCAUAUAUAGCCGAACCAGCUCCUCAAUCUCAGUUUGUACAGGAGGCAGAGCUAAGCAAUGGCGAGCAGCCACAACAGCAAAGUGAGAACGAGCCACAGGCACAGACAGAGGAGAGGAAUGAACAACCUGAGACAGAAACAUUUACUGCAUCCGCACAAGAGAUCGAACCGGAACAUCAGGUAUCCAGCGCUACUGUCAACAGCAGCGGACCCAAGACGUAUGCUAAUUUGGUAAAGUCUUUCCCAAGCGGUCCUACUGGUGCUACUAGUCCUCAAGCUCCUAAAUUAUCCAUGUCUCCGCCACCUAUGACGAAUCUACGUCUGGACGAUAGGUCGCCAUUACAUCCUGCAAAUAACGGACCGACGUCUAUGUCUGUAUCCAAUAAUGUAUCUACAGUUCAACAACAGGCGCAUCGAGUGGGCGGAAAUCAACCACCGCAACAACAGCAGCAUCCUCAGCAGCAACGCGUUCCGAGAGGGGGAUUAGUUCAAAGAGACGGAGAACGUCGUGGCACAAGACCGGGACAGUACAGUGACGCUCAUCAACUUUUCCUAGGCAACUUACCACACAACGCCUCUGAAAAUGAUUUGCGUCAAGUAUUCGAACGUUAUGGUAGAGUUGCUGAGUUACGCGUGCACAGUAAAUCGAAUGACAGAUGUAAACCGCAAGGAAAUAAUACCGCUCGAGUACCUAAUUAUGGAUUUAUCACAUUCGAGGAUCAACAGGUUGUGACCAAGGUGUUAAAUUCCUUGCCCAUUUAUUACCCUGACGAGAGUGGACAAAAAUUGAACGUGGAGGAAAAGAAGGUGAGACCCAGGCCCAUGUUGGAUGGUAGUGGUGGCAGAUUGAACUCCGGCGAUGGUGGCAUGCGCUCCAUGGGUGGUCAACAGCAGCAACAGCAACAGCAACGUGGACCAGGCGGACCCGGAGGCGUAAUGAGAGGUGGACAGCACGGUGCACGAGGUGGCCGUGGAGGUUUUUCACGAGGCGGUGACGGCGGUAGGGGUGGCGGUAUGCGACAGCCAGGCAAUCCGAGUAAUCCCGGUUACCAAAAUCGUCGCUAA